AUGCAGUUCCCCUUCGAGCUGUUGGAUAUCUUCGUUGGAAGCUGGGCAGCCGUCUUUCUCAAGAACUUGAAAGAAACAGACGUCCUUCCAGAGCCUGCAGACAGAGUUCCGGAGAACAUGGCCCACUUGUCCGCGCUGCUGAAGCACGCCAAGAUCACCCAGGUGAAGAAUUUCAUUUAUCGGGUUUGGGAAGAUCUGAACAUUCGCGGUCUCGGAGAAAGCCGCAUGCAAACUUUUGGUCAUCGCAUCAUGGCUUGUGCACGCGUGCUCCGUGAAGUUGCCUUGGAGCGUGCUGAUCCAGCUUUGUGGAGUGCAAACCGCCUCUUCGAAGCCCCCAGGAGGAUUUGGUCACCGGAGCAACAGCUGGUUUUGAACGCCAUCGAGCAAGGAACCACCAUCACGGAUGCCAAUGACCUCGCCGUUCCUUUGGAACAGAGAGUCCUCUGGGUUACCGGUGGCCCUGGAACAGGCAAGACCGAGGUGGUCAUCGCAGCAGCACUGGCCGCCACUGACCGCGGCUGCCGCGUGCUGGUUGGCACCCCGACGGGGCAAUUGGCAUCGGAGUACAGGUUGCGCCUGCCGCCAAGCAACCUCAUCACCAUCGAAACCAUCCACGCUUCCUUCAAGGUGAGCCGAGACAAGGACAGGCAGUACGACCCACCAGGACGCCUUCGGCACUACGACCUCAUCAUCUUGGAUGAGUACACCCAGGUCGAUACCAAGGUGUGGAGCUGCAUGCAAACGGCAAUAGGCGAGCUGAAUCCUUGCCCCUUCAUCGUCUUCGUUGGGGACCCGCAGCAGCUGCAGCCCAUCUUCGGCGAACACGCUCUCCAACAAGGUUUGCAGAAUCAGGAAGCUGCCGGCAGGCUACGCAAAGUGGAGUUGCAACAACAUGCAGCCGCGCGCUCCACAGACCCUUACAUGCUCAACUUCUUGGCCCAUGCACGUGAAUUCUUUGCGGGCCGCCGUUUGCCCCGAGACCUUGACAUGGCAGUACAGAGAGCCCUUCGAUUGGAACGAGAAACCGGCAGAGAUUUCACUUUCCUGACGGUGACCAACAAGGGAGCAAAACAAUUGAAUCUGGCACGCCUGCGGGCAGAAUUUCCGGAAGCAGCCCGAAGAAUCGAAGCACUUGAUGGCUGCAUCGUUGGUGAUCCACAAGCAGAAGCAGGCUUGCUUUGGUUGCAGCCCGGGAUGCGAGUUCGCUUGACGCGCAACCUCGACAAGGACAGGGGGUUCGUCAACGGCAACUCCGGCAUCAUUGAGACCAUGCUGACCAAGGACACUUUUGUGCUGCUGACCAAGCAAGGCAAUAGGAUCUUGGUGCACCCUGUGACCGACAGGGGAGAGACAUUUGUCCCUGUGGUCUACGCCUAUGCCACCACGAUGCGACGGGCGCAAGGUUCCACCUUGGAUUUGGUUGGCCUGAAGUUCGACCGCCGCCGUCCAGAUCGCGGAUAUGCCUACGUGGGCACUUCCCGCGCCAGAAAGCACACAGAUGUUUUCCACCUUGGGCGCAUCAGGCGCUCCGACUGGCUACCCGUUGGGGUCGACUCACGAGGCAAUGAGCAAAGAAGCCCGCAGAGCUUUUCAGACUCCUACGAAGACAGCGAUCCCCCCACCGACGAAGAUGAGGAAACAGAGAACGAACCCAGUCAAAUCGCAGAUGACUGCUUCGACAGCGAUGUGGAAGACUACACGGCUUGA